UUCUGUUUUGUCACCAGAGAGUAAAACAUCGCCUGAGUUAAAUGGCUCAGACACUGCAGUACGUAAGCAGUCGGCUGUCAAUGUUACAGAUAGAUGAAGAGGACCUUGAAAGAAAUGCGCAGUUUGGCAAAGUUCUUAUUGAACUGUGUCCGCUUUUGGGGCCUAAUGGUGGCAGUGCCAACCUCAACAGAGAACUGGAGGAGACACGAAGGGAGUUGUUGCUGCAGAGGAAAAUGUGGAUGAGGUCAGAAGUGAUCUAUCAACUGGUGCAGGAGAUGCUCCUAGAUCUUCAGGUUAGAAAGCAGGAGGGUUCUUUAACUGAGGAAGAAAGAAAGUUUCAGGAUGGUUUGCAACAAUGCAUGCUAGUUUCAGAGUGCUCUCGACUGCUUACAGCUGAUUCUGUGCCACCAUCGGACUCUACAUCUAUACUUGGGCUUGAUAAGCAAGAUCUGCUUGACCUACUUCCACCAAAUAUGCUUGUUCUGUGGGUUAGAGAUCGUCUGCAGAAACAGUUGGAAGAAGCUUUGAAAAAGAAGUGUUUUACGUUUCUGUCCUUUCAUCAGCCUGAGACAGAUGAGGAAGGUGAUGUACUCCGUGCAGCAAAAGUUCUGCGUUUAGCCAGCACUCUGGAGGAUGAGAAGAGACGUUUACAGAAUGAGCAAGAGAAGCAUCAGGAGAUGCGGGCACUUCUAGAAAAGCAGCAGGAGAUUUAUCCUCAUGUUCUGCUACGCUGUCUGUCCCUUCUUAGACAAGCUGCCUCUGAACUCCGUCUUAGAGCUCAGUCUGACAUUGAUCGCAUAAAUGCAGAAUAUUUGGAGGCUAAAAGUAAUGCACUAUUUCUAAAACUUAGGAUGGAAGAAUUACAGGUCCUAACUGACUGUUAUACCCCAGAGAAGGUUUUAGUCCAUCGGCAGAUAAGGGACACCUUGGAGGCUGGAGUGAAGAAGGAGAAGCAGGAGUUGUCAACAUCCAGGCAGAUUCUUUCUUCCUAUGAGUUCCUUGGGCCUGAAUUUGAAGGGCUAGUGCAAGAAUACACUCGUUUGAAAGAUAAGAUUAAGGACAACCGUUGGAUGCUUCAGGAACUCAGCAAGUCACUGCCCUAGAGAUAUCAGUUUUUGCAAAAUGGACUCCAUUCAUUCACUUGGGUGACAAAAGACCGUUAUCAAGUUUGUUUGGGCUGAUUGCUUAAAUGAGAGGAUGUCUCACUACAUAUACCAAUAUCUUAUUCUGUACUAUUCUGGCAGAUAAAAUGUUAAUUUUAUUUAUAUUGCAGGAUGCUCAAUUGAAACUUCGCAUAGAGAUGCCUUGACUGAUUUCAACUAUGCAGCCCAACAGCCUCAACACAUAUAGGAUUUUAUGGCUACUUUAAUGGAAUAGAUUAGAUACAAAAUCCUAAUUAAAACUGUUGCAGAAAUUGCAUUGUUUUCUGACCAGUAUGCCGUUGAAAACAACUGUGACUUUACACCUAGUGUUUAGUGUUAAAUAGUUCGUUGUCUUCGUGAAUGAGCUUUUUUUGCUGGUGAAGAUGUAGUGAAAGAUGGCGUUUGGCAAGUGUAAAAUAUACUAGAUAGAGGCCCUUUGUAUAUAUUCCUUUACGCACUUAUAUAUUAUGCCUCUGUUUACAUAUGUUUUUGCAAUCAAAUAUUAAAAAUCUAAAUCUAUUUUUUUUUUUAUUUUGGAAUUUCAUUAAAGGUAUUGAA